AUGGUUUUAGCUCGCAUGCGCUUCCUCGCUCCUGCACUCCACUCGGAUAUUGGCUUGCACGUAAACAUUUCUCACAAUUUUUAUUUGUGCAACGUUGGUCUCUGGCAGUAUUUUUACUCCACAGCUAUCGAACAUUUCGUGAAAACAGCAGGUCGACACGACGGAUACCAUUAGGAGAAGGGCCUGAAGGUUACGGGUGGAUAGAAGAAAGGAAUACUGAAGGCGAAGGUCAGAUGAGGUCAUGGGCUCCAACAAGAAAACCUGCGUCAACUGCUCUCAGGUCAUGCCCUGCGCCAAAAAGGUGUGCAUGUCUUGUGGAACACUGCAGCCCCACAAGGCACGUCUGAAGCAGAAGAUAGCCAAGUUAGACGGCAGCAAUGGGGAGUGGGCCGCCAAGCUGAAGAGGCAAUGCAGGGAAUCCACCAUACUGGACGAUGUCAAAGUGAUGCUUGAGAAGUUGUCAGCUCUGGGUUACAAGGCCCUGCUCCUGCUCCACAAGCCAAAGAAGAAGACGGUUGCCAUGACUCCCCGCUGCACGCUAGACCAGGACGCCUCCCUUAAAGUCAACAGUUUGAAAACGGUCUUUGAAGACAUCUGCAUGGGUUGGGGAGUGCCACAGCAGGGAGAGUACUGUGCUCCAGAGCGUCUCCUAGUGGACAGGCUGGGAGAGGACGAGGAGAUGGUCACCCACACUCCUGAGGAUUGCGGCAUGUUCCUGCAUUGUACCUCGGAAGACGACCCAGCCAAUGAUGAUGGUCCAAUGGGUGACGACCCAGCAGAUGAUGAUGAUGAUCCAAUGGGUGACGACCCAGUAGAUGAUGAUCCAAUGAGAGACGAGCCAGCAAAUGACACACUGACAUCAGCACAGAGGCCCGUGCUGUCAGUGAAGCUUCGAGACUGCGGUGACAUGGUGGGGCCUGAUGGAGUUUUGAAGAUGGAGUCCAAAGAGGUGGAGAAUGAGGAGGAGGAUGAAGUGGACCUUUAUUAUGAGGGGGAUGACAAUGAUAAUAAUGACGACAGUGAUUACGUGCCAGAAGAUGAAAGAUUUGACCUCUGGUCUGAAGACAAGCUAGUGUUACCUGUGGCUGAAGAAAGGCAGCAGUCUGUUCACCAAAGAGUGUGUGCCACGAAAAAGCCCUUUGCUGCCACUCUACUUGCAAAAAACACAUCCACAGACUGUACAAAUGGAAACGUCUCCCCCAACUCACCAAACACUAGAGGCCGUCAGGAAGAUGAAGAUAAUGAUGAUGAUGAUUAUGAUGAAGACCAUGCUAAUGCAGAACCUGAGCACUGCAACAAAAAUCCCACUGCGCUCACAGGAGGAACACUCCGUUCUCUCACAAAGUCAAAGACUAUGUCAAGGUCACAUAAAUGUGACUUGUGUAGCAAAGUGUUUUCCUCUGUGUUGAAAUUACGCAGUCACAGAAAGAAGCACACGAUGGGAGGAGGACCACACAAGUGCACAGCUUGUCCCAAAGCGUUUUUACGACCGCAUCACUUGAAAGAGCACCUCAGAAUACACACAGGAGAGAAACCCUUUACUUGCAACCAGUGCUCUAUGUCAUUCCGCACCACUGGGGCACGACAUGCCCACAACCUAGUAGUUCAUUCAAGCACUCCUUUCUCAUGUGGGGAGUGUGAUAAGAAGUUUGAGACGAAAUCUGAUCUGACUGCUCAUGCCACGGUACACAGCGAAGACAGGCCGUUCUCCUGUACACAGUGUGACAAGGUCUUCAGACGUGAAUGGAAGUUGAAAUUACACCUCAAAGCACACACCCUUGAAAAGCACAAGACGGAAGAAAGACAGUACAAGUGCACAGCUUGCCCAAAGACGUUUUUACGACUGCAUCACUUGAAAGAGCACCUCCGAAUACACACAGGAGAGAAGCCCUAUUCUUGCACAGAGUGUUCCAUGUCCUUCCGCUACAAUUCGCAGCGGUAUUCUCACAUCCAAGUAGUUCAUAACGGAAAGAGCAUGCCUUUCUCAUGUGGGGUGUGUGAUAAGAAGUUCAAGAACAAAUAUGGUCUGGCAAAGCACGCCACGAUGCACACAGGAGAGAGACCAUUUCCCUGCUCACAGUGUGACAAGGUCUUCAGACAUAAAUCGGUGUUAAAACAACACCUCCAAACGCACACCCAAGAAAAGCCCUACAAGUGCCCCAUUUGCGAUCUCAGAUUUGCCCAGAAAUCCUACGUCCGCAUACACCAGGUGGUGCACACUGACAAGGCGCCCUACGUCUGCAACACGUGUGGGCAAGCGUUCCGCUUCGAGGGCACGCUACGGAAACACCAGAAGCGUCGGCACAUGGGGGAGGAGCUACGGGCGCUUUGCUCCGUCUGUGGCAAGACGUUUGCUAGCCAGACUAACCUGACUGACCAUUACAUGGCAAUCCACGCCGAGCGGAAAGAGUCGCACCCUUGCCUCCUCUGUGGAAAGGUGUUCGACUGUGCAAACUACUUGCGCAAGCACCAGAGGACCCACACGCGUGAGAAACGAUACGAGUGCAGCGUCUGCGGGGAGAAAUUUGCCUACAACCGGAGCCUGCAAAAUCACCUGGCGAAAAUGCACAACAUCAUGCAGGGGCAGGACCACACGGUCCAGAAACGCUACCACUGCAGCGUCUGCGGGGAGAAAUUCGCCUACAGCCGAAGCCGGAAGGAACACCAGGCGAAAAUGCACAACAACAUGCAGGGGCAGAGUCACCAGGUGAAUGUGCACGACUUGGAGCAGAAUCACCAGGCAACAGUGCAGGAAUUGGGGCAGUUCAGUCCCACAAAGUGAACAGACGUAAGGUGUUGGUAGUCCAGACCUACGACAUGAUGUGAAGUCAGGGCUGGACUAGGUCAGAAAUAGGGCCCGGGCACUUUUGGCUUAAAGGGGCCCCUCAAAAUUCACGUCACAGAACUGACUCUGACCAGAAAUGACUAUUCCGAAUAUUUGACAGGUCCAGCUAAUCUGAAGGACUACAUCACAUACUACAUAAAUGCCUCAUUGCAAUUGCUGUUAUUUGAAAACCCAUUGGACCACUCCAGACUCAACCAUGAUCAGCUGAAUUCCAGUAGGCCCAUGUGCGGCUCCAACAGAACACAGUAGAGUGAUUACCAUGAUAUGGCAUGAAACACACACACAUAACUAUGUAAGGCAUUACUAGGUGUUUGAUUUUAGCCAUUCUACUCCAAGCUUUAUAAAACCGUUUAAAAAUCUUUUUUCAAACGUUCUAUGUGUUGUCUAGAAUCCAGCAUGUUCUUUUUAAAGAGUCAGAGAGCAUGGUGUCCAAUUCUUGAUUUUAACGGGUUUAUUUAUCCAAAGCAUCUGACCUAAAGCAUUUUGAAUUCUGGCCUCCUGAGACCUUACCCUAACAGCAACAACAGAAAAAAAUCCUGUGUUUCCAUAGUUUAUCUCCUUUUUGUAGUUGAAACUGACCACCCCCCAUCUGUCUCCAAGGUGUGGGGGUUUCCAUUGUUACCAGGUGAAUCGUUGGCUCAUUUCAUUCCACUGGCACCAUUGGCCAGACCUCCUGAGGUGUUUCUUGCCUAGUGUUCUUGAAAGUCCACAGAAUAGACUAAUA